AUGCUAGUGGUCUGUGAGAAGCAGAAGACUGAAGAGAAGAAGAAGCAUAAUGAAAAAGUUAUGCAGAUGCAAGAAGAAAUCAAGAAUAAGAUAUAUCAAAAAACCAAAAUUGAACUUGCAGUACAUUCAAUUGCUGCAUGCAUUCAGAUCUGUGCUCAUGCAAUGAUAACUGUUCUUGAAGUCAAAAUUAUAACUUAUGAGCACAAUCAUCUUGCUGCUGCUGGUCUGUCAAAAAAUAAAAUGAAGAAGAAGAUGAAAAUAUUUCAAAGUCAUUUGCAGACUUCAUUAAAUAAGAAGAUGCUAUCACCAUCAGAAAAGAUGAGUGAGAAGAAGUUUGAGAUUGUUAUCUCUUUCAAUAAAGAGAAGAAGAAUGAGAAGAAGAAGAAUGACUGA